AUGAAGCAAGUUUUCAGUGAAUUUCACACAUUUGAAAAAGAAGAAGAAAAUAUUCGUAAGGUGAGAAAUGUGCAAACAAAACCUUUUCGCAGAUUUUCGAACAGUUUUUUUUACAAGAAAAAGAAGAAAAAAAACGAACCUUUGAGUGCGCCUGUAUACAAAAAGAAUCAGACACGUUCGGUGAGACUGUUUUGACGCUUUUCAGAGCGAUGCGAACAUCUGAAAUUUGAAAAAUAGAGCAAACGAAAAAAAAAACACUUUUCUGGGCAAAAAAAUCCUACGAAUUGAAACGUGACGGAAAAAAGAGAAAGUGCACGAGGAUGGGAUAUAAAUAAAAGCGGGAAAAGUUCGAAAAUCGAAAGAAAAACAAACAAAAACAAGGAGAGAAUUGCAAGAAAAGAGACGCAGAGAACGCGGCGAGCAGCUGACGGAUUGUCCGAGAGAAGUACACCAGAAGGAACAUGCAUUCGCGCCGAGACGCGAAGAGCGCACCGAGGGCCUGUCACAUUAAAUGGUGCAGUCGCCGAAACUAUUCGGAAAAUUCUGAAAUUGUGCUGUAAUCUUCUAAAUUACGUUUAAAUUAAAAUUUGAAAUCAAACAAAAGUAAAAUUUGCUUUCCGAAGACCUGCAUUUUUGACCCACUUGCAAUUAUCCGAUCGGACCAAAACUUUGCAGGCUUUUCGGAAGGGCCCACUUUUCAGAGCGAUCGAAAAUUCCGGGCUCUUCUGUCUCUGAUCCACAUGUCUCGGGACCAGUUAAUCUGAUCGGCCUGAUACUUGUUUUGAGCGUGUGAAGCAGGGUGUUUACUCAAUUUAAAUCAGACUUGCAACGGGCCGGGCCGGGCCGGGCCGUGCCGGGCCAAAAUUGGAGAUUUUCCGGCCCGGCCCGGGAGGAUGCACCUAAAAAUUCAAAGCGAACUAGAACUUCGAAACGAACAUAAUUUUAUAGACUUAAAAUUUUAUAGACUUAAAAAGGCAAUGUUAUAGCAUAAAAACCUGUUAAAAAAUAGAAAUUGCUGUUUAAAGUCGCAAAAUUUUCACAAAAAUUACGAAAAUUUUCUCAAGAGUGGGCGGAGCCGGGCCGACCGGGCCGGCCCGGGAUUUGGCAAGUCUGAUUUAAAUCGUUCAGGAGCUCCUUCAACGCAACUACACGCUUCUGGGGAAGACAGAAAAGACGGUGAUUGCGGAUCGAAAGCGAGUCGUCGCGAAGGUCGGAAGAUUUGCCAAAAAGUCAUUCAAGGCGUUCGGGGACGAAACAGUAGCGAAUAUUCUCAAACUUAUCUCAACUUUUGUGUUCCAGGCCUUCUUCGAGUGGCUCAAAGAGUGUGCCAGCCAAGUCGAGGAGGGCGCCCCAGCUGCUCCAGUGCUCUAG